AGGUAUGGCCGCUGUUCAAGUUCCUCCUCAGAGCAUCUUCAGACACUCUCGUCUUGACUAUGAAGGGCCAAACAAGGGCGUAGCGAAUGGCCCUCUGAACGACCACGAACAAGGUUUCCAUCGCUCCUUGGCUAUUGCCAAUAGCACGACUCGUCGUACGUAUCGUACUGCCACUUCACCAACCAAACGCCGUGCAAGACCACUGUCAUUAUCUGACGCCGGUCCCUAUGAUUCAUCCGAUGAAGACAUAAAUGCACCUGUAACUCCUCCUCCCAUAAUCCGGAGUCUGUCUCGUUAUGUACAUUCCGCGAAAGCACAACCCAAGCCCUACGAGAGGCGUGACCCUACCACACUACAGCGCCGCUACGCUGCAAGCCAACUUUCCCCCACUGACUCUAGAACUUUACCGGACACUCAGAAGGGCAAAGUUUUACUCGAAAGUCGAUUGCAAUCCCUGUCUCCCGAGGCAAUUGCGCAAGCCGUCGCCACGAAACAAGCUGAUGUUGAAUGGAGGCGCAUGCGUGCUCUGACAACAGCUUGGGAAAUCCAAGCCAUCGAAGAACACAAAAGAUUUCUUCAGAUGGUUCUUGAAGACGACGGCGACGCAUAUAUGACUCGGAAGAUCAAUGCGGCAGCGGGUGUGAAUCCGAGUCCAUGGACACUAGCACAAUGUCGCAAGAUUCCGUCAAGUCCGAUGAAACACCUGAUGUAAGUUGGGCAGUAAAGCACGGGUUGUACCAUAUUGUGAUGGCCUCCGUUCGUCAAUAUACUUUUUAUUGGACGUUUUCCUCGUAGACCCGCUUUCAAGUCGAUCAUUAUUCCUGCGAUGGCAUCGAGUCGAUCUCAGUCAGGCUGGUAUGGUAUGCUCGAAUCAAGAGUUGUACAAUUGAAGGAUCGUGAUAAAACC